AGGUGCCGGCGGAGCGACGCAGAGCGUGAGACCCACGGACCACGACACACCGCCCCGCUGAAGCUCGGCUCGCUCCCAACCUACAACACGUCUCCCGCCCCGCGAGGAUCCGACGGAGCGUCGCGCGACGACCACCACCUCGCCGCUCGUUUUCAAAUUGAAAACUUGGAUCCAAAAGAUUUGUUUCCUCUCCAAACUUUUCGCUUGUGCUGACUCGAGGGAGAGCAGGUGAAGAUGGCGAGAGGUCCGGAGCCCGGCCCGGCUCGGGGCGUCCCCCCCGGGCGGCUGGUGCUGCUCCUUCUCCUGCUGAACACCGGACACUUGUCCGGGGUUUCCUCGGCCCAGGAGCUGAACGGCUUCAGCCUCCAUCCACCCUACUUCAACCUGGCGGAGGGCACGCGUAUCACGGCAAGCGCCACCUGCGGGGAGGACGGGGCCCGGUCCGUCACGGACUUGUACUGCAAGCUGGUCGGCGGGCCGGUGUCAGGGGACCCCAGCCAGACCAUCCAGGGCCAGUAUUGCGACGUCUGCAGUCAGAACAACGGAGACCGCGCCCACCCCAUCACCAACGCCAUCGACGGAACCGAGAGGUGGUGGCAGAGCCCUCCACUGUCUCGGAGCACUGAGUUCAACCAAGUCAACGUUACCCUGGACCUCGGACAGCUGUUCCACGUCGCCUACGUUCUCAUCAAGUUCGCCAACUCUCCCCGACCCGACCUCUGGGUUCUGGAACGUUCCGUGGACUUCGGAGAGACCUACCGACCCUGGCAGUUCUUCGCCUCCUCUAAGAGAGACUGCAUCGAGCGCUUUGGUCAGCAGACCAUCGAGAGGAUCCACCACGACGACGACGUCAUCUGCACCACAGAGUACUCCCGCAUCGUGCCCCUGGAGAACGGAGAGGUGGUGGUGUCCCUGGUGAACGGUCGGCCCGGGGCCAUGAACUUCUCCUACUCCCCCGUCCUCCGCGACUUCACCAAGGCGACCAACAUCCGCCUCCGCUUCCUCCGCACCAACACACUGCUGGGCCAUCUGAUGGGGAAGGCCCUGAGGGACCCCACCGUCACCCGCAGGUACUACUACAGUAUCAAGGACAUCAGUAUCGGAGGACGCUGUGUGUGUAACGGACACGCGGAGGCCUGCAACGCCAAGGACCCCAAUGACCCAUACAAGCUGCAGUGCGACUGUCAACACAACACCUGCGGCCUGUCAUGUGACCAGUGUUGCCCGGGGUACAGCCAGUCACCGUGGAAACCAGCCACAACCUAUAAUGCUAACGAGUGUGAACAGUGUAACUGCCACCGGCACUCCUUCGACUGCUACUACGACCCGGAGGUGGAGCAGAGGAGGGUUAGCCUCAACGUCAACGGACAGCUCCAAGGGGGCGGAGUCUGUCUCAACUGUCAGCAUCACACCACCGGGGUCAACUGUGAGCGGUGUAUACCCACCUACUACAGGUCACCUGACCACCCAAUCGACUCCCCAUUGGCCUGCUCACGGUGCGCGUGCGAGUCCGAGUUCACGGACGGUACGUGUGAGGACCUGACGGGCCGCUGCCUCUGUAAGCCCGGCUACAGCGGGGAACGCUGCGACAAUUGUGCCGACGGCUUCCUCAACUUCCCAGAGUGCUACCCCUAUCCCAGUAACAACAACGGCGAGGCCAAGCCAGCGGGAGAGAUAAUCAACUGUGAGUGCAGUGCUGCAGGGACCCUGGAGAACUCGUGCCGCCAGGACCCCCGGACCCGGACCUGUGUGUGUAAACCGGGCUUCAGCGGAGUCCACUGCGACACCUGCUCACCUGGACACCACGGACUCACCUGCCAGGCCUGCCAGUGUUCUGGUCCGGGGUGUCUGGACGGGUCAUGUGACUCAGUGGACCGGCACAGCAUUUGUCGCAGCGGUUUCCAUGGUUACGAGUGUGACAAGUGUGCGCCUGGAUACUUCAACUACCCUCUGUGUCAACUGUGUGGGUGCAGUGCGGUGGGCUCUCUGCCAGCAGGAUGUGAUGUCACAGGUCAUUGUCUGUGCAGACCAGAGUUCACUGGACCGCGCUGUGACCAGUGCAGGUCUGGGUUCCACUCCUACCCCAACUGUCAAGAAUGCACCUGUGACCCGCGCACGGCGCUGGACGCCAGCUGCAGCGCCUCGGGGCUCUGCCGCUGCCGGCCCGACUUCAGCGGCCCGUCAUGUGACCAGUGUGCCCCCGGUUACUACGGUUACCCCAGCUGCACGCCGUGCCACUGCUCCUCAGAAGGCUCUCGCUACGCGGGCUGUGACCAGGUGAGCGGUCAGUGUGUGUGUCUGCCGGCGGUGGGCGGACUCAGGUGUGACACCUGCACGGAGGGCACCUACGGCUUCCCCCACUGCCAGGCUGGUUCCUGCCAUCCAGCGGGCUCGAUCCAGUACCAGGUCCAACCAGAAGAGGGCCAAUGCGAGUGUCGUGAGAAUGUGGAGGGCAGGGCCUGUGACCGUUGCAAAGCCCUGUUCUGGAACCUCUCCCCUGACACACCGGACGGAUGUUCCAGCUGUGAGUGUAACACGAUAGGAACCAUCAGCGGCGUGGCCGAAUGUGCUCAGAGCACGGGCCAGUGCCCCUGCCGGCCGGGCGUGUGCAGCGGGACCUGCUCCGUGUGUAAGGACGGCUUCUUCAACCUGCAGGAGGGCAACUUCUUCGGCUGCCAGGGGUGUCAGUGUGACAUCGGGGGUGCUGCAGGCCAGUCGUGUGGAGAGAGGAACGGCCGCUGUCGCUGCCGGCCCAACGUGGAGGGACCCAAGUGUAACACGCCCCGGGUGGACCACUACUUCCCAGACCUUCAUCACAUGAGGGUGGAGGUAGAGGAGGGCACCAUGCUGGACGGACGGCCCGUGCGCUUCGGGUUCGACACCCUGGAGUUUGAAGGGUUCAGCUGGAAGGGAUACGCCCAGAUGUCCUCCAUCCAGUCGAGGGUGUGGUUCUCCGUCUCGGUGGGUUCUCCGGACCUCUUCCGGGUGGUGCUUCACUAUGUGAACCGGGGUCUCUCUGAGGUCCGUGGUCGGGUGGUCAUCAUAGAGGACGGGAGACCCCCCUUCUGUGGCAACUGUUCAGAACAGUCCAAACAGAUCGUGUUCGCUCCCAGCCUGGAUCCGACCUUCGUCAACGUUCCUCAGAACAGCUUUGUAGAACCCUUCGUCCUCAACCCCGGGACCUGGACCGUGGUCAUAGAGGCAGAGGACAUCCUGCUGGACUACAUGGUGCUGCUGCCCAGUGCCUACUACGAGGCCCCCAUCCUGCAGCUGAGGGUCACUGAGCCAUGCCACUACAGCGCUGGAGCCCACGAAUCACAGCACCGACAAUGCAGUUGUUCUGCGUGUGGCACCGAGUCAUGUGACCCUCAGUCCGGCCAGUGCCGCUGCAAACCAGGGGUCACCGGAAAGCUCUGCGACCGCUGCCUGGAUGGUUUCUACGGUUACGAUUCGUGCGGGGGCUGCCACGGGUGUGAGUGCGGUGCGGCGGCGGCGCUGGUGAGGUCAUGUGACCCGGCGAGCGGCCAGUGUGCGUGUCGACCCGGGGUCAACGGGCCGGGCUGCCAGCAGUGUGCUGCGGGCUACUGGGACUACGGACCGCAGGGCUGCAAGAAGUGUCCGUGUAAGGGGGGUCGCUGCGACCCGCGGACGGGCGAGUGUCGCUGUGGCGACGGGCUCACCGGACCCCAGUGUGACACCUGCUCCGACGCACACCACGUGGCCGUCCAGGAGGACCACCUCAUGCACUGUGAAGCCUGUGACAGCUGUGUCAUCGUCCUAUUGGAGGACCUGGACACCACGAACACCAAGUUCCUGUCAGUAGCCAAUCAAAUGGGGUCUCUCAACGCCAGCUCCAUGGCUUGGGCUCAGCUACACAACCUCAACACAACCAUGGAGGACGUCUCUCGGGAGAUUGGGAACUACAACAGUAGCCUUGACGACAGCAGGAGGCGGGCGGACAUGCUGGAUGAGGAUGUCGACAACCUCAAGGCUGACAUCACUGAACUGGAGAACAAGGCGGGCUCCACCAGCGACCGGGCGGCAGACCUGACCAACAGUACAGAGGACCUCCACCAGAGGGCCCUGGAGCUGCUCACCUUCCUCAGCAACAUGAGUACCAACAUCAACGACAUGAUGACGUCGCUGAACCGCUCGGCCAACGGGACGGACAGCAAGGAAGACGACGGGGAGCGGGCGAGGAAGAUGAGGGAGGUGGAGGCCAUGUUGAGGGAGAUGAGGUUCAGGAGCUGCGUCGGUCAGAAGAAGUUGGCCGACCGCGAGAGGACAGAGGCCAACAAACUGCUGUCCCGGGUCCGCGAGGGGCUGGUGACCCGGCAGACCAACAACACGGAGCUGGCCCAGGACCUGCGGGAGCGCCUGGCCCGCUUCCAGCAGCAGAUGAUGGACCUGAGAGACCUGCUGAACCAGGCGGUCAACACCACCGCCCAGGCUGCUCAGACCAACCAGGCCUCCCUCAACGCCCUGGAGGACAACCAGAGGAGAAGGGAGGAGCUGCAGGCCAAUCAGAAGGAGGUAGAGGACCUGCUGCAGAUGGCUGAGGACGAUGUCGCCCAGGUCAACGACCUGCUGUCCAUGCUGCACGAGUCUAAAGAGGAGUAUGAGCGGCUGGCGGCCCAGCUGGACGGAGCUCGCGUCCCAUUGGCCGACAAGGUCCAGGCCUUCGCCCCGGCCGCCGCUAAGGUCCCAUUGGUGGAGCAGGCGGAGGAACACGCCCGCUUACUGGACCGAAUGGCCACUAACCUCACCAGGCUGAUCGCGGGGACCAAUGAGGACGGGUUCAUCGGCCGGGCGCUGAACGCGUCGCGGGCGUACAACGACAUCAUCAGGAGCGUGGCGGAGGCGGAGGACGCCGCCAAUAAGGCCCACCAGGCCGCCAUGGACGCCACCGCGAGUGUGAAGAACCAGGACCUGGCUCUGAUGGCUCAGUCCCUGAGGAACCACAGCUCAGAACUCCUAGAGGAGGCCAAGAAACUGGAGCAGGAGCUCACCACAGACCUGGAGCCGAAGGUGAGAGAUGCGCGGCGUCGUCUUGACGACGCCAGAGUCAAACAGGAAGACCUGCAGAAGGAGCUGGAGGAGAUCCAGAAAAACCUCAACACAACCUCAGACGUGAGCCAGGACAUCGCCGAUGCAAAGAGCAAGGCUGAGCAGGCGAACAGCACGGCCACCCGCGUGCUGCAGGCCCUGGGUCCUAUGAAGGAGCAGCUGGACAAGUGGAAUCAGAGCUACGGAGACGCUAACACCACCAACGAGGACAUCAACAACGCCCUGAUGGAGGCCAACAAGACCGUGAGCAUGCUCACUGAGACCUUCCCCCUGCUGCUGAAGAAGCUGGACAAGCUGCAGAACCACUCGGCCCAGAUGCCAAACAUCUCGGAGAACAUCGGCAGGAUCCGACAGCUGAUAGAGCAGGCCCGCAAAGCAGCCAGCAAGGUGAGCGUACCUGUGAAGUUCAACGGCAUGGCCGGUGUGCAGGUGCGUAACCCUGGUAACCUGGCGGACCUGGCAGCCUACACCUCCCUCAAGUUCUUCAUCACGCUGCCGGAGGGGGCUCGCAACCGUCGCCAGGGAAACGUCCCCAAACAGUUCGUCUUCUACCUGGGGAACAAGGAUUCCAGUAAGGAGUUCCUGGGCAUGGCGCUGGAGGGCAAGCGGCUGCGCUGGUACUUCAACGUGGGCGGAGAGACGGCCGACGUCCUGAUGCAGGAGGAAGUCAAGUCAGACGGCACCUUCAACAACGUGGUGCUGGAGAGGAUCCUGCAGUACGGGGGGAUGUCCAUGUCCAGUGAGAAGAGCGAUGGGGGGCAGGAGGUGGCCAAGGCCCGCGUGGAGGCCGGGGGCGACAUGGGGCUGCUCAACCUGCUGACCACCGACACCGUCUUCUACGUAGGGGGGUACCCCCCCACCUUCAAGCCGCCCCCCCAGCUGCUGCUGCCUCACUUCCAGGGCUGUGUGGAGCUGGAGACGCUGAACGAGGAGGUCCUCAGCCUCUACAACUUUGAGAAGGUCUUCAACCUCAACACCACCGAGAACAAACCCUGUGGCAGGUCCAAGGUGGUCCUGACCCAGCAGUGGGUGAACGACGCGGCGUACUUCGACGGCUCGGGCUACGCUGAGGUGGUGUUCAAAGAGAACUUGGCCCCCAUUCAGCGCUACGAACUGGAAGUCAAGCUGCUGUCGCACAACGGCAUCCUGCUGAUGCUGCACAACGAGAAGGGUAACUUCCUGUGUCUGGCGGUGCUGGCGGGCCGGUUGAGGGUCUUCUACAACUUCAACGGUACACUGGUGGAGGUUGACCCCAAAGAGCCGUCCUCCCCCCACAUGAAGAUCAGCGACGCAGAGCCCAAGCCUCUGGAGAUCCUCAUCCUGCGAUCGAGCAAGAAGGUGGUAGUGAGGAAAGGCAAGAACGUGCUGUUCCUCACCGUGUUCCCCGAGACGAUCCCCCCCUUCGGCAACAGCUACUACCUUGGGGGGGUCCCCAAGGACAGCAUGCCCCCGGUGCUGCGGGCUCUGUUCCCGGUGCAGGGCUCUCUGAAGGGCUGCUUCAGGAGCCUGAAGGCCAUGACCUCUCACAUCGACCUGAAGAGGAUGAAGAGCUCUGGAGUCAGCUUCGGCUGCAACAACGACCUCCUGGUGGCCCGCGAGGCCCACUUCUCAGGCCAGAGCUACCUGGACAUCGACCACAGCGACAUCCCGGGCCUCAGGGACAACUUCUACGCCGGCUUCGGCUUCCGCACCGAGCAGAAGGCCGGACUCAUGCUGUACCACCAGGCCAAGGACGGGGUGUGCCAGGUGUUCCUGGAUAAGGGUCACGUGGUAGUGAGGGCGGGGAACAGCGAGGUCAGGUCCCAGACGGCCCUGAACGACAACAACAGUCACUACGUGGCUCUGUACAGCAACAGCAACGGGAUGCGCCUGUAUGUGGACGAUUCUCUGGUGAAGGCGGGCGACGGAGGCCGUGCCGCGGGCAACGGGCCCUCCGUCUCCGCGGCGACGUCCGGCAGCUUCUACCUCGGGGGAACGCCCGACCAGUCCACCGGCAACCUGACGGGCUGCAUCAGCAACCUGUUCAUCAAGAGUAUGUCGGCGUCCCAGAGCGUGCAGAACAUGCUGAAGGUGAAGGAGAACGUCAACGUUCCUCUGGACUGCCCCGCAGCCCAGAAGCCGCAGUCGAUCGUGGCUGCUGCCCCCAAAGCAAGGAACAAGCAGGGUAAGAACAAGAAGCCAGCAGGCUCUCGGAGCCGCAGUACCAGGGAGUCCUGCCAGGGGGAGCCGUCGCCCCCGGAGACUGGAGCCACACACUUCAGUGGCUCCGCCCACAGCCACCAGAGACACAACAACCUGCCGCGCGAGUUCAGCAAGAGUCCCCACAUCUCUCUGGGCGUGAGGAUCAACUCGUCCGAAGGCCUCGUUCUCCGCACUACCCAGCAGGGGGGCGGGGCUGUGAUGUCACUGAGGGUGUCAGAGGGACACCUGGUCCUAUUGGUGGAGGGAGGCAAGCGGAAGGCCAGCCUCCGCAGCCGCAGGAAGUACAGCGACAACCAGUGGCACACGGUCUUCAUAAAGCGGGAUGGAGAUAAGAUCAGCCUGGUGGUGGAUGGGAUCAAUGCGCUGUCCAAGAAGCUUCCAGGAGGGGACAAGUUCCGGCUCUCUGGGCCCCUGUACGUCGGAGGGGCCCCUCUCGCCCUGCUGGCCCCUGGAGCCGGAGGGAUGGUGGGCUGUGUUCGAGGGCUGAAGCUGAACGAGGUGCCUGCGGGGAGCCCCUCCCACAGCCAGGGGGCAGCACCCUGCUUCCUCAGCCUGCUGCACCCUGGGGCCUACUUCUCCAGAGAGGGAGGACACAUCGCCAUAGACGACUCGGUGGUCCUGGGCAAGGACUUAGAGGUCCGGCUGGAGAUCAGGGCUCGCUCGGACUCUGGGCUGCUGUUGCAUGCUGGGACGUCAGAGCACUUCUUCAACGUGGUGCUGAACCAGGGAGAGGUGACCGUGACAUUAAACAGUGGUAGUGGAGUGUUCUCCACCCCCCUCACUCCAGAAGUGUCAAUCUGUGACGGACACUGGCACACCUUGAGCGUGAUGAAGAGAAGCAGCGUUCUGCAGAUCCAGGUGGACGGAGUCAGUCAAAGUAGCAUCGGGCCCAAAGCCAGUCGCUCAGCAGGGGGCAAACUCACCCUCUACCUUGGGGGCGCACCUGAUGGUGCUGUGGUGCCAGGCCUACCCGCUGGCCUGCCCUCCUUCCACGGCUGCGUCCGCAAAGCCAGCCUCAACCAGCGGGCGGUCCCCCUGAACAAGCCUCUGGCCCUGCACGGAGCCGUGGGCACCCAGGGGUGCCCCCACGAUUAGGGAACACACGCGCACGCUCAUUGUCACAAAUAAUCUCACAUACACUCUCAUGCACACCCAAUUGGUAAAGUAAACAAGCACUCCACCUUAAAAAUGAAUAAAUACAAACAUAAAUACAUGAAUGGAGAAACACACCUGGUGCAAGGGUUCUACCUGUAUAAGACCUCCGACCUGAACACUCACACCUCUUCUGUCCUCACAUUCCCCGAUGACGGCCUCAUAUGUUACUGUAGCUAAUUUAAAAACAGAAAUAUUUAUUUUUUACUUUGCGGAAAAAAAAGUUAUAUUUUUUACUCGAUUGUGUGUCUUUAUUUCAAUAUUCCUGUGUUGUGUGAUCUUAGCUACAGAGACCUAUGAGAAACCACAGUUAGAGUCAGAGGUAUGGAGAGGUUAUGUAGAAACUCUAACACUGGUGCUGAAACUGCGCAGUUGACCACUUGUUACUUUGGCGACGCCUACAGGUCAAUCACAGUACAACAUGCAAAAUUCAUUCAACUGUAUUGGUGCUAAUUGUCCAAAUGUUUUAUCUCGCGUUCAUGCAAGAGAUAAUGAAGAGAAUGCAGAUUACCUCUGAAACAGUAGCUUGAUGAGGCAACAUUUCCUUCAGGGAGAGCUAUAAGUUAGCUAAGCUAGCCUCCUGGUAAUUGGUGAAGAACAGCUGAUUAUUCAGGUUAUGAAAACAAACUGUCACGUUGAACUUUGACCACACAAUUUCUACCUUUGUCAUUCAUGGAAGUCUUAAAAUAUUCACCUCAUUCCUCAGAAAACUGUUUCUCAAAUUAAUCGACAGUUUGUUUUUAAGCUGGAAAUUCUUAGCGCACAUAUUGAGUUAUCGAGAUCUCUAUAUAUAUAUAUAUAUAUACAUCACCCUGUUUAAAUAUGAACUACAAUGUUGAACGAUGGCGGAGGAAUUUCACAGCAUAUUGUAACAUUAAUGAUUCUACUUUGAAUACAAUUGUUUGGAUCCCUAAAUAAUUUCCAAAAUGUGUCCAUUUAAAACGAUUAUCAAACUUUCGAGAAGACCUGAACGUGUUUUGUAUUUGAUUUUAUGAUUUGAACCGUAAUCUCCUCCGAGUCCAUCAUUGCCAGGUUAAAUAUGAAAUGUAUUCCCCUCACAUACACAUAUCCAAUAAAACAUUCAUACCAAA